CUACCAACUUUCUAUAAAUCCCCAUACCUAUACCGAAUCAUUCCAUCACAAGCACCCGUAGCUGGUACCGCUCCCACUUCCCCGGUGCUUAAACCAUCCCACUUAGGUGCUUGUGAUUUAUUCCUAGCGAUGGCAUCCAAGACCUCAGCAUCAGCUGCUCUCUUCCUUGCUCUCAACCUGCUCUUCUUUGCUCUGGUUUGCGAUGGCUGUGGCUGUGGCUGUGGUGUUUGCCCAACCCCCAGCCCCCCGCCCCCGAGCCCUUCCGGCAAGUGCCCCAUGAACGCCCUGAAGCUAGGCGUGUGCGCCAACGUGCUCAACGGCCUCAUCAACCUGAACCUCGGCAAUCCACCGAAGAAGCCAUGCUGCACUCUCCUCCAAGGCCUCGCCGACCUGGAGGUCGCCGUCUGCCUCUGCACUGCACUCAAGGCCAACAUCCUCGGCAUUAGCCUCAACGUUCCUAUCGACCUCAGCUUGCUCAUCAACUACUGCGGAAAGAACGCUCCCACUGGCUUCCAGUGCCCUUAAAGUACUUGCUCACCACCUACAUCCUUUGAUCUCUUUGUCUGUGGUCUCUUUGCUCGCGUUGUUUCAGGUAUAGACUGUUUGGGUCCUUGGAUUUUUUUUUUCCCCCGUUUGGUUUUGUUGAUGUCAGGGUUGUAGCCGUAGUUGUCACUGUUGUUGAGUUAGGAGCAGAGACGAUAAAUAAGCCUGGUUCAACAGCAAAAAGUUCCCGUUAUGUGUGGUCAAUGGAUCGAUGGUUCUCAAUUUGGAGCCAAAAAGUGUUAUCUAUGUCGGUGCCGCCUGUGGGGAAAAUUUCAUGUUAUGUUUAUGUGCUAUGGGGCUAAAGUUGGAUGUAUUUAUUUGGUUGUAUUUUUUGUGUCAUGUUUUACGCAUUUGGACAAUUUGUGAAGGCCUGCUUUGGUUUGGCACUUGUCAUUAAGCUUUCCUCCUUGGAGAAGGUUGCAGAUUGUUCGCGUA